UCCACGCCGGCUCUGAUUUUCAGGUGAUUAAACACUGAUGAAAACACACUUAUGAAUAUAAGAGCUGCUUAUAACAGCUGCUCCUGAACGUGACACGCUGGAGCUUUAACCAAUAAAAUGAAAGAAGGGAAGCGACUCUUUGGCUGAAGCAGAUAAACCGCAUGCAACCGGAAACUGAGGGUGUUGUGUAAGCGUUGGUUGCCUAAAGAAGGUGACAAGCCAGAGGGUUUUGGGGAAAAAACUGUCUUACACAAUAUCUGCCUUACCUGUCAGUUGGUCAGUGAGCUUUUGCCCCGCCCCCCUGCAGGUGUGCUCUCUCUCUCCCUUUCUCUGUGUGUCUUAACCUCACAGCGUUUCAGUGCUCAGGUGUUUGUCUCACCUGUCGUCCUGGCUCGUCCUCUCGCUGCAGAGAUGUUGGAGGAGGCGGUCGGCCUCGCCGCUGUGACCAUGCUGGGCGUCCUGGAGCAAGCCUAUUUCUCUCUCCAGGUGAUCUACGCCAGGAGGAAGUAUUCGGUGUCUCCGCCCGCCACAUCUGGACCUCCGGAGUUUGAGAGAGUCUUCAGAGCUCAAGCCAACUGUUCGGAGUAUUUCCCGAUCUUCAUCACCGUCCUGUGGACGUCCGGAGUCUUCUUCAGCCAAGGUCUGUCUUCGGUCUGCGGUCUGCUCUAUUUAUACGGACGCUUCCGUUACUUUCGUGGAUAUUCGCAGUCGGCACAGGGACGUCUGGCUCCUCUGUAUUUCAGCGCUCAGGUGCUUUGGGUUCUGAUCGGGUUCUCGUCCCUCGGCGUUUUCCUCACGUUCUGCCGAGUUUACCUGAAGGUGGACCUGCGGCGCGAGCUCGGCUCUGCCCUCAGCCUGGUCUGAAGGAGAGCAGAAGAAAUGGAUGAAACUGUGACGCUGAUGACCUUUUGUCUGGGGUCAAAGGUCAGAAGUCAGGAGAAAAUGUGAUUUUUUUUAAUUUUAUUUGUGAUAGUAAAAUAAUGCUUCUUGAUUGGAUCAAUAUUAAAACUCAAAACUUCAGAUGUUAUUGUGUUUUAUGAGGACUUUAUAUAUAGCGGCGCUUUAUGAGUUCUUAAAUAUUUCCAAAUCUCUUAUUUAUUUAUGUUUUAUAAUGUAUCUCGUUACUGUUUCUGUUUUUAUUUAAUUCGUUUUAUUUAUUGUAUUUUAUCUUAGCUUUUACACUUUGAAGACACUUUCUGUUACUGGGCUCCGCCCUUUCCUCCCUGCCAGGAAUAUGAUUGGCCUGAAGUCACGUGACCACGUACCCAGCCCGUCAUUGGCUGAUGUGUGUGUGUGAUCGGUAGCCAUCUUAUUUAAAUGUUCUGCGUCAUUUGUUGUCAUGAACCUGAUGAAACGACAAUAAAGUUGUUAUUUAUACUAAAA